AUGAAGGUCUCUGCCAUCUACAUUGUGCUCACCGCCCUUGGCGCAGCCGUGGCAGCACCAGCUGGAAACAUUCUUGACAAGAAGAAUGCAGAUGACACUUGGAGUACUGGGGGUAAUGCCGGAAAGCGUGCUCUUGAAAACAUUCUUGACAAGAAGAAUGCAGACGACACCUGGAGCACCGGGGGCAAUGCUGGCCGCUAG